GUGCCCCCACCGGCUUGCACUUAUUUCUCCCUACGUGUCACUAUGGUCAGCGCACGCCGAGCUCCCAAGUCACCUCCCGCCGACGUCGUCUACGAUGACCGCAUCCCUCUCUCCGAGACCGGUGCUCUCGCUGACCUUGCAAAUGAACGGCAACGCAUGCUUUCGUCUGAUGACCCUUUAACGCGUGCGCUUGCUCCUCCGCCAAAUGAGACACCACAGCAACGCGCCGCACGUCUCGCCGCCGCCGCAGAUGCAAAGCGCAUCUCUGACAUGAUUGACGAGGAGCUGGCGCGACAACGUGCCGCGGAGAAAAAGGGCCAACGGCCUGUCAAAAUCCUCUUGCUCGGCCAAAGUGAAUCUGGCAAAUCUACGACUCUUAAAAAUUUUCAAUUAAUGAAUUCGCCCCGAGCGUUCCGAGAAGAGCGCCUCUCAUGGCGUGCUGUGGUGCAACUGAACGUCGUGCGCUCCGUGCGCCUCAUCCUAGACGCAAUCGCAGAUGCCGCUGAGGCGCAAGGGCUCUCUCUUGAUCUACAGGACACUGAGUCAGCUCCUGGUUCGGCCGGAGGAGAUGCGGUGUCGGUGGCUUCACCUGACGAAGCGCAGCACCAACAACAUCAGAAAAAUGGAGCCAAUAUUCAGGCGCAAGCUACCAAUUUGAUGACUCCAGCCCACCUGGUCCUCCGUGCUCGGCUCCUACCCUUGCUAGAUGCCGAGGCAACACUACUUGCACGUUUGAUGCCGGUCGCUGCUGCUACAGGCACGUCUCUGAAGGAGAUUGAGAACCCGCAUGCGGUCACGAGCUCAUCUUCGAGUUCCAUCGCAAGUGCAGGCAAGACCUCUGGAGAGGGGAGAGCCGCAGGGGAAAAGAAGCAAGAAACUGGUUCAGCGUCCAAAGUGAAGGCUACAUUGAAACUGGAUGCAAAUGGUAUGGGCACAGGGACUGCGACUGGGACAACGAAAGAGGUCUCUGUAUUCGCUGGCUCAGCAUGGAAAACGGCGUUUACAAAGAUGCUGGGUGCAGGGAGGAAUAGCUCUGAAAAAGGUGCCUUCGGCGAAGAUGGUAUCGACUGGACAGAUGAGCGCGACCCGACUCGGGUGUUGUGCGCUUGUGGGGCUGAUUUGCGUGCGCUUUGGGCGGAUGUGCGCGUAAGGACACUUCUUAGUCGAAAUAAAUUGAGAUUGGAAGAGAUGCCCGGAUUUUUCCUAGAUUCUCUCGACCGAAUAACAAGAAUCGACUACAUGCCCUCGGAUGACGACAUAUUGAAAGCCCGACUGAAGACACUCGGCGUAACCGAGUACCGAUUUACUAUGAAGGCCGGAAACGCGAUGAGCCAUGAUUGGAGAGUAUACGAUGUUGGCGGGCAACGUUCUUUGGUGGCCGCAUGGGUGCCGUUCUUUGACGACAUGAACGCAAUCAUAUUUCUAGCUCCGAUAAGCUGCUUUGACCAGGUACUCAUGGAGGAUAACACUGUUAACAGGCUCGAGGACAGUGUGCUUCUUUGGAAGAGCGUAGUCUCCAACCAAUUGCUUGCAAAGACUAACCUUGUCUUAUUCCUCAAUAAAUGCGAUGUAUUGAAAGCGAAACUACGAGCUGGGAUCCGACUAGGGAAAUACGUGAUCAGUUACGGAGACCGACCGAAUGACUUCGAGCAUGCGAGUGAAUAUUUACGACGCAAAUUUUACAACAUUCACCACGAUCAUUCGCCCGAACCGCGUCAAUUCUAUAGUCAUUUUACUUCUGUCACGGAUACGAAGAUGACAUCGAGAGUACUUGAAAACGUGGCCGACAUGGUGCUUCGUGCAAACCUUAAGAACUCGCAGCUUAUCGGAUAGGUUUCGCCUACCUGGAUGGUUCCUUCAUUGGUGCACAGUAGUUUCCCUCAUAUUAUUUUUCAUGCGUAUCCACCCAAUAACCGUAGAUUGUCUUCCUUUCCUUGUCUUUCUCUUCGCUGUGCGAUUUUAUGUCUGUCUUCUCGUACUCCUUGGUAAACAACUCACGUGUCUCUCUCUCUGUCCUGCAUUAUAUAAUUCACCCGUGUUGUUUUACUACCCUUUCGCAAUACUGUUCUGCGUCCCUUUACUCUCAACGCCUGUAUACCUCACCC